UUCGAUAUAUUAAAUUUGCAACCGUUCAUCAUGGCGAUCUGAGAGAAAAAUCUGUGGAAAAUCUUGUAAAUAAUCAUAAAAAUUGUAAUUCUUGCGAAUGCAAAUGCAAUAUCGCGAAACGUGAGUUUGAAAAAAAUGCUAAACGAAAUUUGAGGUGGCCGCGCUGCUUUGGCCCAGUAACAAGUGCCUCGCGUGUGUGUCUGCGGCGGCAAAAAACCCAAAUGUAUAAAAAUAUAUAACAAAAUUCAACUCCCCCAAGACUGUGCCAAGCAGCACCAGCAGAUGCUCAGCGAUAAACUGAAAUAGUUAAGCGCAAGCGAAAAAAACUGCGGCGGAAGAGUAGAAGAAACGCGAAGCGCACAAAAGUGUGUGUGUGUGCAAAAACAACGAACAACAAUAACAAAAGGAAGGCGAGCGGAGAGGAGCGUGGGAGUGGAUUAACUCGCCCGAGGAGCGUGCGAAGCACACAGGACUGCAAAGUGGCGUCGCUACUGGAUAUCAGGGCUGGGGCAGCAGCGGCGUCCAUGUCCAAGGGGCACCAAGGGCGGCACACCAAGAAGCACAAUCGCACCACAGCCACGAGAGCGCAGCAGCAGCAGCCGCAGCAGCCGGUGUGGUGUCGUCAACUGUGGCCUUAAGCAUGUAGUCUUGCAGCACAGAACCCGUUCUCUUACAAGCACAAGACACAGGGACAAGGUACCACUCGAGAAAUAAACUCACACAAAACCAACUCAACACCAAUGAAAAAUGUCACAAAGAGGUAAGCGUGGUAAUCAGCAUCACCACCAGUCGCACCAUCCGCCGCCGCAGCAGCAACAGCGUAAGGAUGUUGAGCCCCAACCGCCGCCCACCAAAAGGCGCAAAGGCAGACCGCCCAAUGGAGCGACCACGGCAGCAGUGGCAGCCGCUGCCGCCGCCGCCGCCGCAGCAUCCUCCACAUCAUGUGAAACGACGGGCGCUGGCUUAGAGCGGGUUCUAGGCCUACCUCUAAGCAGUAACAGCAACAAGCAUGGAGAGCAACAGGGGGAGCGGGACCGGGUACGGGAGCCAGUGCCCGAGAUGGGAGGAGGAAGCGAGGGAGGAAGAGCCGUCGCCAGCAAAUCCAAGUCAACGAAGCUGGCGAGCAAGUCAGCGAGCAAGUCGUGCAAGUCGCAGGGUGCGAGUACGAGUAGCUCGUCAUGGCAGGCGAGGUCUGUUGCGGACAUCAAGAUGUCGAGCAUAUAUAAUCGCAGCUCGACAGAAGCCCCAGCUGAACUCUAUCGCAAGGAUCUCAUUAGCGCAAUGAAAUUGCCAGACUCUGAGCCGUUGGCCAACUAUGAGUAUUUAAUAGUGACGGACCAGUGGAAGCAGGAAUGGGAGAAAGGCGUUCAAGUACCCGUCAAUCCCGAUUCUCUCCCUGAGCCCUGUGUCUACGUUCUGUCCGAGCCUAUUGUGUCGCCGGCACACGACUUUAAGCUUCCGAAAAAUCGCUAUCUGCGCAUUACCAAAGACGAGCACUACACGCCGGAGCUGCAUUACCUGACGAAUGUCGUUGCCCUGGCGGAGAACACGUGUGCCUAUGACAUAGAUCCCAUUGAUGAGGCCUGGCUGCGUCUCUACAACGGAGAUCGUGCCCAAUGCGGUGCUUUUCCCAUCAACGAGACGCAGUUCGAGCGCGUGAUUGAGGAACUAGAGGUUCGUUGCUGGGAACAGAUACAAGUCAUACUUAAGCAGGAGGAAGGCUUGGGUAUCGAGUUCGAUGAGAAUGUCAUCUGCGAUGUCUGCCGCUCACCAGACUCCGAGGAGGCCAACGAAAUGGUAUUCUGUGAUAAUUGCAAUAUCUGCGUACACCAGGCCUGUUACGGCAUAACGGCAAUUCCGUCAGGACAAUGGCUAUGUCGGACCUGUUCGAUGGGCAUCAAGCCGGACUGCGUGCUCUGUCCGAACAAGGGAGGUGCCAUGAAGUCAAACAAGUCGGGCAAGCACUGGGCCCACGUCUCCUGCGCCCUCUGGAUCCCUGAAGUCAGCAUCGGCUGUGUAGAUCGCAUGGAGCCCAUAACGAAAAUCUCGAGCAUUCCCCAAUCGCGCUGGUCCCUUAUUUGUGUCCUCUGCCGGAAGCGGGUGGGCAGCUGCAUACAGUGUUCAGUUAAGCCCUGCAAGACAGCCUACCACGUAACCUGUGCGUUUCAGCACGGUCUGGAGAUGCGUGCCAUUAUAGAGGAGGGCAACGCCGAGGACGGAGUUAAGCUGCGCUCUUACUGCCAAAAGCACAGCAUGAGUAAGGGAAAGAAGGAGAAUGCCGGCCAUGGAGGCAGUGCCUCAAUGGCCAGUGCCAUGCACAAAGCGAACAAGUACGGCAGCGGCACGAGCGGUACCAGCAAAACCGACGAUGGGCAUCACGCCUCAGGCGCAGCCGGCGGCGAGGAUCCGCGCAGACGGAAGAAUCAUCGCAAGAAUGACAGCAUGACCUCCGAAGAACGUAACCAGGCCAGGGCUCAGCGGCUACAGGAGGUGGAGGCGGAGUUUGACAAGCACGUGAACAUUAACGACAUCAGCUGCCAUCUGUUUGAUGUCGACGACGAUGCCAUCAUUGCCAUCUACAACUACUGGAAGCUCAAGCGCAAGUCAAGACACAACCGUGAGCUGAUCCCGCCCAAGUCCGAGGACGUUGAGAUGAUUGCCCGCAAGCAAGAACAGCAGGACUUGGAGAAUCACAAGCUGGUGGUCCACUUGCGCCAGGACUUGGAGCGAGUGAGAAACCUCUGCUACAUGGUCAGUCGGAGGGAGAAGCUGUCGCGCUCACUCUUUAAGCUGCGCGAGCAGGUCUUCUACAAGCAGCUGGGCGUGCUUGACGAGAUGCGCUUGGAAAAGCAGCAGCAACAGCUGCAGCCGAAGCCUGACGAGAAGCAGCGCCCCGCUAUGGAUCUGGAGGCCGUCAUCUAUGCAAAUGAUGGACCCACUUUGUACGAUCGCUUCUACAGCUCGGCUGGAGGACAAACUGUGCCGGCGCAGUAUCAGGACUUAAAGUACAUCCUCGAGCAGCUAAUGGGUAAGCUACAGAGUAACAAGCAGGCCCGUGGUCGAGCAUCUCAAUCGCCCAACAAGCGCAAGCAACAACAGCAGACGGCCAAAGCGUCGUCAAAUAAGAAGCUCAACAAUGGUGCCCUCAGUUCGUCGCGCACAUCUUCACCGGAAAAGCCAGCAAUGACAACGGUUGCGGGGAAACUUGUCCCAUCUGCCGCCAAGGUGCGAGGCUCGCCCCCCGGGAAGCUUCCUUCAGGGAGGCGUGCCUCGAAGAGCGAGGCGGCGACGGCGACGUCGACCAACAACAGAAUCAAUCAAUCGAUUGUCCGCCCCCGAAGCAGCGGAGCGUCCUCCCAUUCGUCGAGCGGCAGUUCAUCAUCUGGUGAUUCCAGCUCGGCGAAUGCUAGUAGCAGUUCCGACAGUUCAUCUGGCAGUGAGUCGGGCAGCGAUAGCGGAAGUGGGAGCUCAAGUGCUGCCUCCAGGCGAAAGUCCUCCGCGGGAGGAAGUCCCCUCAAGAAGCAGAGUUACGCCCGUUCCGUGGAGCAGCGGCAGAAGCAGCGGCAGCGUCGUCAAAAUGAAGCGGCUUCGGGUAUUUCUGCAGCGUCUCCGGAUUCCAGGUCUGGCAGCAGCAGCUCUAGCGAAAACGAGGACAACGACCUCCGCCGGAGACGCAAUGAGCCAGUCAACAGCAAACAAGUACCUAGCAGCAACAGCAAAACCACCAACGCCUCCACCACCAGCCAGCCCACGAAGUCAUCAAAGUCGAGCUCCGAAGCAGCAGCGAGGAGAAAACUUAGUACGACAACAGCAGCCACACGGGGACUUGCACAAAUGGACAGGGAUGCCGAGGAGAGCCUGUCGAGCGACGAAAGUGAAGAGCUGCUGCCUCUAAGGGGCAGCGACCGCCAGUCUGGAGGCAGAACGUCCGUUGGCCAGGCCCUAGUAAGUCGCAAGAUGGGUCAGCACAUAUACUCCGACUCGGAGAGUAGUUCCUCGGGCCAAGAAAAGGAUCCUGAUCGGGAGGAGCAGGCAGCUGUGGAGAGCAACGUCAGUGACUCCCAAAACCAGCAGACGGUUAGGACAAAGGCAGCAAUGAAGGAGUUUGUACCUGGGACAGCAGCGGCAACGUCAACUCCUCGCGCGCCACCAGUCACAGCGUCCGCCGCCAAAGCCAAGUCCUCUCGGGAAGGAAAGGAUGCCAAGGAAGGACCUCCUACCAGUGCGAAAUCGAAAUCGAAUUCUAAUGCCAAGUUGCCAUAUGCGGCAGACUUACUGGUGGUGCCACAGCGGCAGGCGGCCAAGAAGGCCUCGGAGAACAUGCGCUCCACAAAUCUUGCCGCGGCUCUCCUUCAGACAGACGUCAAUGAGCGAGUGAGAGAGCCUGAACCUAACUCCACCUCGACUUCAACCAGUGGCAAGAGCAACAAGCUGAAGGAAGCUGGUUCCUCCACCGCGGAUAAUAAGACCAAUCUCGAAAAGGGGCGGCCGAAGGAACAGCAGGCACAAAAGCAAGCGGGCGGCGGCGGGAAGGGAUCGGAUACCGCUCCGGCAGAACGCGGCAAGCGCGGCAGACCACCCAAGGUUCCGAGAGAGGUGCCACAGCCUCCCAAAGAGAAGCCAGCUGCAGCGCCUACCACUGAUGCAAAGUCCACGUCAAGUCUAGCAGCGUCAGCCAAGUCCAACUUUGCCGUGUCGCUUGUUCCUCAACGCCAAGCGGCCAAGAAGGCUGCCGAACAGCUCAAGAGCAGCAAGCCUGCGCAGGAGGUCUUCCCAAUGAUCACAAAUGAGAUUGAGAAAGAGAAGGAUCCGGUGAGUUCCGCGUCGGCGGCAACUGGUGCAGUUCCAACAACACCAGUCAAACCGACCAGGAGGACGUCCUUGAAGGAACCUUCAUCUACCACUCCAAAGGACACCAGCUCAGGCAAUAGAAGAAGGUCUAAGGAGGAUGUGCUGGUAACACCAGUUAAGGCAGCUGGGACGGCAGCAUCGGGAACGCAGGUCAAGCGUCGCGUAGCUGCUCCCAACCUCUCAAGCUCCAGUUCGGGUGACAGCGACAGUUCCAGUUCCUCCAGCAGCUCAGGCAGCAGUGGUUCCAGUGGCAGUGCUAGCGACUCUGAUAGCGAAUCGGCAGCCACCGAUACUGAAAAGCCAGCACAGGCCACGGCCUCAGCGCCGUCUGUGCCGGUGCCAGUAGCUGUGCCUGUGCCUGUGACUGCUCCCUUUAAUGUGCCAAAGCGUUCACCUCGCAAGUCCGUGGAUAAACCUCCAGCUCCGCCACCGCCUCCACCCACGCCGCCAGCCUCUCGAACGCGUCAAAACUCCACUACCAAAUCGCCAAAGAGAGCAACGCAGAAGCCAGCUUCUGAGGACAUAUCCCCCACCAAGGUUCCACAACUGCAACGUCGCCAAAGUUCCUUAGAUGAGGGCGCUGCCAAGCAGCAAUCAGAACAAGCCACCAAGAGGGCGACACGUGGCUCAAAAUCUCGUCCUCCCUCGCCCACAGCGAAAUCUUCACCCGAGAAGACAUCCUCCUCUUUGCGUCGUAAGUCACGAGCAGAGGAGUCGUCGUCGCCUAAAAAGCUGACAAACUUGGAGCACGAAAUUAACCAAAGGAAGGCGGCCACCGGUAAGGCGACCAGUGCACUGGACAAGCUUCUCAACAAGAAGCAACAGCAGAUGAACCAUUCCGCGGCUCUUCAAGUUUUGCCACCCAAGUCUCCCACGCCACCAACACCAAACCUGAAGGGCAAGGAGCAGGAGCGGGAGCAAGAGCCAGCCAUUACCAUUCGCCUGCCUGAAGUAGAAUCGAAAGCGCAGCCUGAACCCGACCCAGAGCCCGAGCCGGAAACUGCGGCUGAGGCCGGGGAACUGCCCAUGGACAUAGAUGAGGAGCUGACCAUAGUGCCGACGCAUACGCAACUCUCGGCCAGUGCCAGCAAGCUGGCGGACAUCAUCGAUGACGAGCGUCCUCCAGCUGCUCCGCUGCCCGCCUCACCGACUCCAACCCCUACCUCGAAUGACGAUGAACUGUCCGACGCCGGCAGUGAUCUCAGCGAGCGCCGGCGUGUUCGCUGGCGCUCCAGGCGGCGAAGGAGGCGGCGUAGCCACGAGCCCGACGAAGAGCACACGCAUCACACCCAGCACCUGCUUAAUGAGAUGGAAAUGGCCCGAGAGCUGGAGGAGGAGCGUAAGAACGAGCUACUGGCGAAUGCCAGCAAGUAUUCGGCGUCCACAUCCUCACCAGCUGUUACGGUUAUUCCACCCGAUCCGCCGGAGAUCAUAGAACUGGACUCGAACUCAGCCAACUCGGGCGGAGAUCAGCAGCAGGUGCAGUCGGUGCAGUCGGUGCAAGUGCAGGAGCAGUCUUUGCCUCCACCGUUGCUUGUGCAUUCCCCAGCAACCGAGGCAGCAACGACAGCAAUCCAGCAGCAGCAGCAGCAGCAGCAGCAGCAGCAGCAGUUGUUGCCGCCGCAUCAUGACACGCCUAUAAUUGAUCACCUGCCCCCUGUGCUGACUACACCUGGUUCCGGGCGAUGCGUCCUGGAGCCCAUUGUGGACACGAUACUCGAGAUGGAGGACAGCAAGUUUGCCAACAAUUUCGCUUCGAGCCUGGCAAGUGUCCUGAAUCCCCCCAAUUCAGGUCAUAUGAGUCUCCUCGGUGCCAACAUGGACACCAGGGGCAAGGAGAUCUGCGAGGAGGACAGCACGCAGGCGACACGAAAUCUAUUGGAGAAGCUGCGCAAGACGAAGCGUAAACAACAAGAUGACUGCUGCUCUAAAGAAGCCGUUGACCUAUUGCCACCGACACCACAGAUACCCUCGGUAUUUCCGUUUCACAAUGCUGCUGACCCGGAGGAUAUUAUACACGUCCAAAAGGAACAACAGCAGCAGCAACUACAACAGCAGCAGCAGUCGCAGGCACAGGCGCAGGCCCAGGCCUGUCUUUAUGGUAACUCAUCGGGACCGAACUCGGUAGCUUCUCUGACCAUCAAGGACUCCCCCAUGACGGCCAACAGUGGGAGCUAUGCCAACAGCCUGACCAACACGCCCAAUGCCACGCCCACCAACAACGCCAACAAUCUGGGGGCUGGUACCGUCGGCUUCCAAGUGAACUUUGGCAGCGCCCAGCAAGCGCCAACGUUGAGCCUCUUCCUGGACAAGUCGCCUCUGCAAAAGGGAGCGUGUUCGCUGUCUAGCAAUGGCGGCGGAGGUGCAGGUGCUGGACCACCUGGAGCCACUCCCGACUUUGUGGACCUGGCGGCGGCAGCUGUGAAGAACAGUCUAGGCGGCUAUCGCGGUGCACCUGCCGUGCCCACACAAUCGGGGCAAUCGGGAACGGGCGGUGGUGGUGGCAACAACAACAAGAUGACCGACUACGAUGAGAACACGCGCAUGCAGUCACCGUUCGGCAGAAUUCCCUGGAACGAGAACGAUCUCAUCGCAGAGCGGAGAAGCAGCUCACCCAGCUCAGUAUCCGAGUCGAACGAUCCUCCUCCGCCUCCGGCAGCAGUUGCAGCUGCGGCAGCAUCCGCGGCCCGCACGCUAGCCCAGCUGGAGAGUUGCAAGAACUUCUUCAACAACUAUCCCAGUGGGAAUGGCGGGCCAUCGGGCAGUGCUCCAAACGCAACGGCGCCCUUCAACCAUGCACCUCUGGUGAAUGGUAUCGAUGCCAUGCCCAUGUUCAACCCUACUCAGCAACAGCAGACGACACCAACGCACCAGCAGCGGAGAACGCCCAAUAGCCAGUACAAUGGUGGCAUCUAUCCCCAACUAGCAGCCUUGAUGCAUCCCCAUCCGCAGACAACGCCAACGGAAACAUCGCCCAGCAUGUAUGGCAAUGGUACUGUUGGAGGAGUAGUCGUAGGCGGAGUGGGUCCGCCACCUCAGGCCGCCACCCAGUACUCGGGUACACCCUACUCUACGCCCAACCUGGGUAUGCUGCCCGUGCCACAACCUGCGCUGCCACCCGUAGCCGUUCCCGUUCAGACAACACCAAAUCAUCAGCAGCAGCAACUUGCCAUGACAUCGUCCCCGGUGGAUGUCGCCGGCAAGAUGCCGUCAUAUUCCGGCCAGCUGCUAAGCAGCUGUGCUGAGACCGCCGCCUCGAUGAUGCCACCAACUCCGCCAGUACCAGUACCAGUGCCAGUCAGUGCACCCAAGGAUUCGCCCAGCAAGAGGAACAGCAGCAUCAGUGGAAGCUCAGGCAAGAAGCAGUCACACAAAUCUCCACAAUUGCCGCAAGGUAAAUCGCCAGGAAAAUCACCCAGGCAACCACUUCAACCACCCACACCGCCAGCACCGCCUCCCGUGGUGACCUUGCCGCCCACAAAGUACGACCCGCAGACACAUACUCUUCAGGGCAAGCCAAGGCAGCGCGCGCCGCGAGGAAGCGCCGGUUCAGGCGGCCAGGGACGAGGUAGAGGCAGGGGUCGAGGACGAGGUCGUGGGGCGGGUGCUGGAGCAAGUGGCAUGGCGAUGUCCCUACAGCAGCAGCAAAUGGCGGAUUAUGGCAGCAACACGCACAUCGUCAACAAUCUGGUGGGAACGCCCUUUGAGUUCAACAACUAUGACGACGACAUGACCGGUCCGGUGGUGGAGAAUUUGCAGUCUCUGCGGGACCGUCGCAGGAGCUUCGAGCUGCGAACGGCACGGGGACAGGCCAAGCAGCCGCCGCCGCCCCCAACAACGACAACACCGAAUACCGCGGCCACUGCUGCCACCAACCCGCUGCUUCAUCCCGUACUUCCGGGACCCGUGGACAUGAGAACAUACAAUCUGGGCUUUGAAGCGCCGCAUAGUACGGCCUCCCAGGAGGCCUAUCAGAAUAACCUGCUGGGCGCCUUUGACUCUGGCACCGCAGAUCAAAUGCUCAGCGAGUUCGACGAGGACGACGAGCGCCAGUUCCAGUCGGCGCUGCGGGCCACCGGUACUGGUACCUCGCCUAGCAAGCAACCACCGGCGGCGACUACUACGCCAGUGGCGCCUCCCUCAGGUCCACCUAACCAACCAGCCACUGCAGCGAACCUCCUGCUUCACUCCACGGAAGCGAAUCAAAUGGCGCCCAGUGCGAUCGCCUCGGGGGUUGCCACGCACCUGGUGGAGGGCUCUCUCGUAGAGGCCUCCUUGGAGGCCACAUCAGAAGAGGUCUCGAUCGACUCGGACACCACGCUUACACUGAACACCAAGCACGCUGCCAGCAGUCACCUGAAGCUGAAGAUCAAAAGUCCGCUGGCUUACACCGAACACUACACGGCGAUGGCGAACAGCAGCAGUCUGACGCUGUCCAGCACUCUGGUCCAGUCUUCUAAUGCCGUGCAGACAACGGUGUCCACGUCCACAGUGGUAAAUGCCUCGUCAGCGGUCAGCGGCAACUCGCGACGAAUGCGGAAGAAGGAGCUACUCAGUCUAUACGUUGUUCAGAAGGACAACCUGAACGACGACAGUUCGUGCGGCCUGCCAGCCACCUCGGAUAGCCUGCCGCUGGAUAACCUGCUCCGUAAAUCCGAGGAAGAGGAGGAACUUUCCUCCUCAGGUUCUAAAAGGUUUAAAAAGAGCUCGAGCAGCAGAGAGCUACGCGCUCUGGAUGCCAACGCCGUGCUUGGGGAGGAGCAGUUGCUUUCCGGAACGGCGGUGGCGGGAGCAAGUGCCGGAGCGUCCGCCGGCGACGGCAGGCGCCGCAGUGCUUGCAGUUCGGGCAGUAACAACAACGAUAACAAUGGCAAGACGGGAGCGGCCAGCAGUGCAGGUAAGCGACGUGGGCGAAGCAAGACUCUGGAGAGCAGCGAGGAUGACCAUCAGGCGCCCAAGCUCAAGAUCAAAAUCCGAGGACUGACGGGGACGAACGAGACGCCUUCGGGGAUGCUGUCUAACGUGAGUCACGAGAGUCAGAGCUACAGCUACGAGAUGACCCGACGCGCCUGUCCGCCCAAAAAACGACUUACCAGCAACUACAGCACACCCACGCUGGAGGAAAUCAAGCGGGACUCGAUGAACUAUCGUAAGAAGGUGAUGCAGGACUUUGACAAGGGUGAGGACAACCAUAAGCGCGAGGGCCUCGUCCGGGAGGAGAAAGAGUCCCUGAUAAUGCCCCCUAUUCCACCGAGCAAGAGGCCCAAGUCCUCAAAGCCCAAGAAGGACAAGAAGGAAAAGAAAAAGCGUCAGAAGCAGCAUCUGAUCCUGAGCAGCAGCAGCUCCACGACAACUACCAUGACUACCACGUUGAUUGAGAACACGGCCAGCGCCUCGCCAGGUGACAAGCCCAAGUUGAUUCUUCGCUUCGGAAAGCGAAAAACGGAGACCAUUGCAGCAUGUGUGGAGCAGCAGCCAGCAGCAGCGGCAGCUGUGGAGGCGGCCGCGUCGGCACCUCUGCGCCUCAAGAUAGCCAGGAACUUGACAGGCGGUGGCUACAUAAUCGGGACAAAGAAGGACGAGCCUUCAGCGGAAACCACGUCCCCUGUAACAGACCACCACCUGCCCCUGAUGACCACGUCUAUUGGCGAGGCCUCGCCGCAGGGCUUGCUGCUUAACAGUUUUACGCCGCAUUCCCAGAACGCGAAUGCUUCCCCGGCCCUGCUGGGCAAGGACACGGGCACACCGUCGCCGCCCUGCCUGGUGAUAGACUCCAGCAAGAGUGCCGACGUCCACGACUCGACCUCUCUGUCCGAGGGAGGCCACGGGGUGCCUGUGUCGUCCCUCGUGGGCGCCACAACGCCGCUGUGCGUCAACGUGGGCAACUACGAGAAUAGCAACAACUCGCUGCCCUCAGCCAGUGGCACCGGAUCCGCGUCCAGCAACUCUUGCAACAGCAACUCGAACAACAACAAUAACAAUAAUAGCAACAACAACAACAGCAGCGGCAGCGGAGGAGGUCCUGGAGCCACCGGCGAUGGCGGAGGAGGCAGUUUACUUCCAUUGAAAAAAGACUGUGAGGUUAGAUGAUAAUCAUAGUAAGCGAGUACGCGUGUUUCCCAUCCCUAUUUCCAAAAUCCCUGGCCCCCCUUUCCUUGGUAAUACGAAGAUCAGUCUCCCACGAAUCGGAGUUUGAAUUGUACAGUUAGCUCGUAAGGCCCGCUCCUGUUCCUGCUCCUCCCUCUGCUCUCUUUUAUCUGUCCGUCACUGGUUUGUUAUGAAGAUUGAACACAAGAUAUUACCCUUAAAAUAUAUAUAAAUAUAUAUAUUUGCUUAAUUAACUCAAAAAAAGUAAAGUAAAGCUAAAUUGUACAUUUUUAGUGGAAGCAUCCUCCAUAUGUUUAAGGUUUUUGUAAAUUACUGUAUUAAAGUUUCCGAGAUGAAGAGAGAACAGCAACAGAAAAAAGUCUAGCCUAACGAUCCAAAAAUGCUCUUGGUUUAGGUCGCCCAUAAGUCCUUCCACGCCCCUCCUCCACUCACUAAGGGAUGAUCGAUGAAAGCCAGCAUAUACACAUAUACUAUUUAUUAAUAAUUAUUUAAUAAUGCGUAAAGUAAUCGUAAUAAUAUAUAUAGAUAUAUAUAUUAGCAAAAACUGUUAAAUGCGUGCAAAAAGAGUAACGACAAUUUCAACAAUUGUAGCGAUAGUCAUUAAUUGUAGUUCUUAGCAAAAAUCAAAGUCGGUAGUGGCCGCAAUCUAAGUGCAUAUAAAGCUCCCUGUUCCCCAAAAACCCCUAUAGCCAUACCUAUAGAGAGUUGAUCAAGAAAUUAACAGAAAUAUUUGUAUUUUAGAUGUAAGUGUAACAGCAGCGUAUCGGAAAGCUCCAUAAAAGAAAUUGGUUUUUAUUCUCUUUGUUCUUUUGCGUUUUUUUUUUUU